CCCGUGCCAACGAAAAAUUAUUAAAAACGGAACUAGAAUAUAGACUUUUUCUAGGCAAACUGAGCUGACCAUGCAAGUCCAAAUGAGCUUCUAUAUAAGGUGGAGUAAAGCUGGCAGAUAGAACUGAGUCGAAAUGGAGAGUUCAGUGAAAACCCAAUUGAAAUCAUCAUCAUCAUCGGGUGAAAAUGGAAAAGAAGGAGAAAAACAGAACCAUUUCUCGUAUGCAAUGCAGCUGGUUAGUUCGGCUUCACUGACGAUGGUUUUAUACAAUGCUGUGAAGCUAAAUUUGUUCGAAAUCAUUGCCAAAGCCGGCCCAGGAGCCAAGCUAUCACCUUCAGAAAUCGCAUCCCAGUUGCUUGUGACUAAUAAUCCUGAUGCAGCUUCCAUGCUCGACAGAAUGCUUCGCUUGUUGAGUAGCUACUCGCUGUUCACUUGCGACGUCGUUGAGGUUGCCGUCGACGGCGGCAGUGGUGGGGAAACUAAUGUGGGUUAUGAAAGAGUUUAUGGGUUGUCUCCGGUUGCCGAAUAUUUUGUACCGGAUGAGGAGGGAAACUCAGUGGCGCCCCUGGUGGAGUUGCUUCAAGAUAAGGUCUUGAUUGAUAGCUGGUAUGAAUUAGGGAAUGCUGUCCUUGAUGGAGGAGUUCCAUUCAAUAGAGUCCAUGGUGUACAUGCAUUUGACUACCCUAGCAGGGAUCCCAAGUAUAAUGAGUUAUUCAAUAAGGGAAUGGUUGGUCCUACAGCCAUAAUGAUGAAAGAACUGCUUCAGCAAUAUAAGGGUUUUGAACACCUUCAGACAUUGGUUGAUGUUGGUGGUGGUCUUGGAAUAACCCUUCACAAGAUUAUAUCAAAAUACCCUUCCAUAAGGGGUAUCAAUUUCGACCUACCACAUGUCAUUGAAAAUGCACCAUCCUAUCCUGGAGUGGAACACAUUGGUGGAGAUAUGUUUGAAAGUGUUCCUGGAGGAGAUGCUAUGUUCAUGAAGAUGAUACUCCAUGAUUGGAGUGAUGAUCAUUGCUUAAAGCUGCUGAAGAACUGCUUCAAAGCUUUGCCAGACCAUGGAAAAGUAAUUGUGGUUGAUUUGAUUCUGCCCGUGAAACCUGAUACUAGUGCUUUUGUAAAAGGCAUUUUCCAAGCUGAUGCGCUCAUGAUGACUCAAAAUCCUGGAGGGAAAGAGCGAUCAGAAUCUGAUGUUCGAGCCUUGGCUAUAAGAGCUGGAUUUAAAGACGUAAAAUUACAAUGUCUUGUGGGUAAUGUUGGAGUCCUGGAGUUGUACAAAUAGUUGUGACUGCCUUUUGGGCUGUUAUUUAGUUGAAGAACAAAUAUUUUGGUUUGCUUGUAUUUUCUUUUUAAAAUAAAAUCUCUAUUUGGA